UCAUUUCUACCUUCUUUUCGUUUUCGAUUUGAUUUUGUUUCAUUCUCCUCUAUUAAAUCACCACACUAAACCCCUCCAUCUCUUCAACCACUUCUAACCACCGGCAUUUCCUCCUCCACCAAUCAAGCAAUCAGCGCCGCCGUUUUUUUCACACACCCAACACACAGUGCAUGCGCCGCCAACAAUGUCAAGAGUCGUAUCUCUCUCCCCAAUCCGCGACACUCUCCCCUUCUACAACAGAAGAGAAGCCGAGAUGGAAAUUAACACAUCCCCACGCGCCGCCGCACGCGCCUCCACCACACUCGGCCAGCUCCUGCAAUGUGUCGGUGAUGCGCGGAAGGAAGCCGCCGGCGACAAGACCCCGGUCCACCACGUGCUCGAGAUGGCCACCGAGGAGCCACGGACGAUCCCCUUCGUCCUCGCCUUCAGCCAUCUCACGUACAGCGUGAAGUCCCCACGCGCCGCCGCGGAUACCAAAGUUGUACUCGAUGACAUCUCCGGCGAGGCGCGUGAUGGAGAAAUCAUGGCGGUCAUGGGCGCGUCGGGUUCCGGAAAGUCGACUUUGAUCGACGCCCUGGCGAACCGGAUGGCGAAGGGGAGCUUGCGCGGCUCGGUCACGCUCAACGGCGAGGUGCUCGAGUCGAAAAUGUCGAAAGUCAUCUCGGCUUACGUGAUGCAAGACGAUUUACUGUUCCCGAUGCUCACCGUGGAGGAAACCCUAACGUUCGCGGCAGAGUUCCGUCUGCCGCGGACGCUCUCCAAGUCGAAGAAGAAGCUCCGCGUCGAGGCGCUGAUCGACCAGCUCGGGCUCCGGAGCGCCGCAAGGACCGUCAUCGGGGACGAGGGCCACCGCGGCGUCUCCGGCGGCGAGAGGCGGCGCGUGUCGAUCGGAACCGACAUCAUCCACGAUCCGAUCGUGCUUUUUCUCGACGAGCCGACGUCGGGGCUCGAUUCGACGAGCGCGUUCAUGGUGGUGAAGGUUCUGCAGCGGAUCGCGAGGAGCGGAAGCAUCGUGAUCAUGUCGAUUCAUCAACCUAGCUCGAGGAUCAUGGGAUUGCUCGAUCGAAUGAUCUUCCUUUCGCGCGGGAAAACCGUCUUCAACGGCUCGCCGGAGAAUCUGCCGGUUUUCUUCUCCGAUUUCGGCCAAUCGAUUCCGGAAAACGAGAAUCGGACUGAAUUCGCUCUCGAUUUCAUCAGAGAAUUAGAAGGAUCCGAAAGCGGAACAAAAAGCCUCGUUGAAUUCAAUAAAUCAUGGCAAAACAUCGAUCAACAACAUCACCAUCAAUCGAUCCAAAAUUCACCGAAUUUAUCGCUGAAGGAGGCAAUCAGCGCUAGCAUUUCUCGAGGAAAGCUAGUCUCCGGCGCCACCGCCACCGCAUCCGCCGGAUCCGCAAUGGUGCCGACGUUCGCGAACCCUAUGUGGAUCGAAUUAGCCGUUCUCUCAAAGCGAUCCUUCAUGAACUCGCGGCGGAUGCCGGAGCUCUUCGGCGUCCGCCUCGCCGCGGUGGUGGUGACCGGAUUCAUCCUCGCCACCAUGUUCUGGCGCCUCGACAACUCCCCGAAAGGCGUCCAGGAGCGCCUCGGCUUCUUCGCCUUCGCAAUGUCGACGACGUUCUACACUUGCGCCGAUGCGCUGCCGGUUUUUCUACAGGAGCGCUACAUAUUCAUGAGAGAGACCGCGUACAACGCAUACCGGCGAUCGUCGUAUGUUUUAUCGCACUCGCUCGUGUCGAUUCCGCCGCUGGUGUUUUUGUCCCUCGCCUUCGCCGUGAUCACAUUUUGGGCGGUGGGGCUCGACGGCGAUUUUGUAUUUUAUUUUUUGAUAAUUUUGGCUUCGUUUUGGGCGGGGAGCUCGUUCGUGACGUUUCUCUCCGGCGUGGUGCCGCACGUGAUGCUAGGGUACGUGAUUGUGGUGGCGAUUCUCGCGUAUUUCCUUCUCUUCAGCGGAUUCUUCAUCAAUCGAGAUCGGAUUCCGGUGUAUUGGAUCUGGUUUCAUUAUAUCUCGCUAGUGAAGUAUCCGUACGAGGCGGUGCUGCAGAAUGAGUUCGCCAACGCGGCGAAGUGCUUUGUGAGGGGGGCGCAGAUCUUCGACGGGACGCCGCUGGCGGCGGUGCCGGAGGAGAUGAAGGUGAAGCUGCUGGACAGCAUGAGCGGGACGCUGGGGGUGAGGAUCGGCGCCGGGACGUGCGUGACCACGGGGGCGGACAUACUGAGGCAGCAGAGCGUGGAGGAUCUCGGGAAGUGGAGCUGCCUGCUGGUGACGGUGGCGUGGGGGUUCUUCUUCAGAUCGCUCUUCUUCGUGUCGCUGCUGAUCGGGAGCAAGAACAAGAGGAGGUGAUAAUGAUGGCGGUGGUGGAGGUGGAGGAGAUGAUUUGAGGAUUUGGCGGGAAAAUUGGAAAAUGUGUUUGAUUUGAAAGGGGCCGGAUUUGAAUUUGUAUUUUGUUUUUUUUUUUAAUUGUAUUUGUGGAAUUUUUCAUCAGUCUUAGCUUGCGAGUUAAAGAAACAAAAACAAGAUAAAUUUGUGAUGA